AGGGAGCUGAGGGGGGGAAGCAGCAGCCAGGCUCUGACAUGAUCUACACCAUAGAGGAUGUCCCACCGUGGUACCUCUGCAUUCUACUGGGCCUCCAGCACUACCUGACGUGUUUCAGCGGGACCAUCGCUGUGCCCUUCCUGCUGGCGGAGGCCAUGUGUGUGGGACAAGACCAGUACAUGGUCAGUCAGCUGGUGGGAACCAUCUUCACCUGCGUGGGAAUCACCACAAUCAUACAGACCACAUUUGGAGUCAGGUUACCUCUUUUCCAGGCCAGUGCUUUUGCCUUCCUCAUCCCUGCCCAAGCCAUCUUAGGGCUGGAUAGAUGGAAAUGUCCCCCUAAAGAGGAGAUUUAUGGAAACUGGAGUCUUCCUCUGAACACCUCACACAUCUGGCACCCAAGGAUAAGAGAGAUCCAGGGUGCCAUCAUAGCAUCCAGUGUGGUGGAGGUGGUCAUCGGGCUGGUGGGUCUCCCUGGUCUCCUGCUGGACUACAUCGGGCCCCUGACCGUCACCCCCACCGUGUCCCUCAUCGGCCUGUCUGUAUUCCAGACCGCUGGGGACAGAGCCGGGUCUCACUGGGGCCUCUCAGCACUGUCCAUCUUCCUCAUCGUGCUGUUUGCUCAGUAUCUGAGGAACUGGUCCUUCCCGCUCCCCUCCUACAACAGAAAGAACGGCUUCAGCACCGCCAGGGUUCAGAUCUUUAAGAUGUUCCCGAUUAUCAUGGCCAUCAUGUUGGUGUGGUUGCUAUGUUACAUCCUGACCCUGACCGAUGUGCUGCCCAGUGACCCCAGCCAGUACGGACAGAAGGCACGCACAGAUGCCCGUGGUGACAUCAUGACCCUCUCCCCCUGGUUCCGGGUCCCCUACCCCUGUCAGUGGGGGUUGCCCACGAUGACCAUCGCUGGGGUGCUGGGCAUGUUCAGCGCCACACUAGCUGGCAUCGUAGAGUCUAUCGGGGACUAUUACGCCUGUGCCCGCCUCUCAGGGGCACCCCCUCCACCUGUCCAUGCCAUCAACAGGGGUAUCUUCACAGAGGGGGUGUGCUGUAUUAUAGCAGGACUGCUGGGUACAGGAAAUGGCUCCACCUCUUCCAGUCCCAACAUUGGAGUUCUGGGAAUCACUAAGGUGGGAAGCAGGAGGGUAGUACAAUACGGGGCAGCCAUAAUGUUCCUGUUAGGAACUGUAGGGAAAUUCACUGCCCUCUUCGCAUCGCUGCCUGACCCCAUUCUAGGUGGUAUGUUCUGCACCUUGUUCGGUAUGAUCACGGCUGUGGGCUUGUCCAACCUGCAGAGUGUAGACCUCAACUCCUCUAGGAAUCUUUUUGUCCUCGGCUUCUCCAUGUUCUUUGGCCUAAUGUUGCCCAAUUACCUAGACAUGCAUCCCGGCUGCAUCCAAACAGGAGUUGCAGAGGUGGAUCAAAUCCUUACAGUGCUCCUGACCACGGAGAUGUUUGUCGGAGGCUUCCUGGCGUUUGCUCUGGAUAACACCAUCCCAGGCACCAGGAGGGAGAGAGGGCUGCUGGACUGGAAGGCAGAUGAGAGCAGGGGGGGAAGCUCAGCGAACAUGCGUACUUAUGACUUCCCUAUUGGAAUGAGCUGCGUUAGGAAAGUCAGCUUCCUGCGCUAUCUACCCAUCUGCCCCAGCUUCCAAGGCUUCAUGCGAUGCAGACGGAAGGACAGCGUGCAGGAAAACAUGGAGGAUGAAUUAAUAGAGAGGAAUGAGAGUUUACGCAUGGACACAACAAUUACCUUGGCCUGUACCAAAGUAUAGUAACCCUGCAAUGAUUCAUCUUUAAGAUCAUUUUAUACUGAGCUGAAUUUUUCACAGCUAUUUAUUGUUUUUGGACACUUACAGUUGUAAUUGAAAAAUGUCUGCAAUGAUGUUGCAUUUUUGAACCUGGAAUGUUAUUGACCAGAGCACAUUCCUCACCACAUUGAUUUGUAGCACAGUUUAUCUACUUGUCCCCAUUUUUCUACUCACCAUUACCACCUCACAGCAUUCUGUUUCUAAGUUGAAGAACAAAGAGUCAUAUAUUCAGAUGCAUACUGACCUUAUACUUGUAUGUAGACUGUAUUGAACAAGCAGAGCCAACAUUAACAGUGUUUAUUUAGUAAGUCUUUAUCGUGUACAAAAUGAUAGUGUAUCUCUUCUGAUGAUCUGAACUCAAACACAUGUGAGGUUAUGAAAAAACCUUUAUGAUAUAAAACUAAAGUAUAAUUAAGGAAAGCAUUCCUACUUUUGACUGUCAAAUGUUUGUUUACAUUAUUAAGUGUUAGAAUAACAUGUUAAACAGACCAAUGAGAGUAGAGACGUCUAUGAACUGAUUUGACAAAGUGCCGGAAGAAAGAAAUCCCACAUGUCUAGUCAAUAUGGUAAUUGUGCUGUACUAUUAACUGAGAGACUGAACCGUGAAACGACACUGUACUAUUAACUGAGAGACUGAACUAUGAAACGACACUGUGCUAUUAACUGAGAGACUGAACCUUGAAACGACACUGUGUUAUUAACUGAGAGACUGAACUAUGAAACGACACUGUGCUAUUAACUGAGAGACUGAACUAUGAAACGACACUGUACUAUUAACUGAGAGACUGAACUAUGAAACGACACUGUGCUAUUAACUGAGAGACUGAACUAUGAAACGACACUGUACUAUUAACUGAGAGACUGAACUAUGAAACGACACUGUACUAUUAACUGAGAGACUGAACUAUGAAACGACACUGUACUAUUAACUGAGAGACUGAACCUUGAAACGACACUGUGCUAUUAACUGAGAGACUGAACCGUGAAACGACACUGUACAGAUUGGAAGACUGUGCCACGGGUGUGACCUCUAGAAGUGAUUCUAAAAAGGCUCAAACCAAGAGGCUAGGAUCUAUUGAUCUACCAAGGAAGCACAGGAUCUGUAUCUUUAUGACUGUUCAUGAUUGAUUUCACUGUGACAUGGUGAAAGAUGUUGAAUUUAAAUUUCCCUUCCGUAUUACACUCUGAGCCUUUUUCUGUCAGAAGUGCCCAUUGCAGUCUCCCUGGCGAUUAGUUUGUAAUCUGACGACAGCUGCCCUCUCGCUAUGUUCAGGUCACGCUCUUCAAGUAAACAAUGGUAAGAUGGAAAAGACAACAAAAGCUUAUGCAGGUCAUAGGAAAAAUGUGAUCCUAUCAAACUUUGUUGUUAUUUUUAGAAAACAUUUCACUCAGUGUAAAAAAUAUCAACCACUAAUAAUCGAAUUUCUACAUUUCUCCUUUGAAAUUUGGAAAAAUAUAAUCUGUGUUUUUAAGAAUGUGUUGUUCUAUCUAUAUUACACAACUAGACAUGAAAAACAUUACCACCAACAACAAAGAAACAGUUUGUUUACGUUAGAAAAUGUGUAAACGAUCAUCAGGUAUCUGCCCACAAAUACACAUUGUCAGUAGGAAAGGGAAGAGGAGGGUUCAUGGAACCAGGGGUAAACACACUGGAUGCAUUUUAGGUAUGCAAAACAACACAUGCAGUGCUUUCAGAAAGUAUUCAUACCCCAUUAACUUAUUCCACUUUUUGUUGUG